AUGGCUCCGCUCACCCGCGCCACCGCGCUGCCUGCACAGCGACCCGCCGCAUCACAUACGGACAAUUCCGCCGCCAACCUCGUGGCGGAGCCCAGCGUCAUGCGCACUGUCCCCCGAUUCCUUCCGCUCGCAGCCGUCUCCGCGCGCCCCUCCGCCUCCACGCCCGCCAAGCCGGGGGGCCCGUUGCGGCUGGUGCUGCCCGCGGGUAUUGGACGAGCAGCGGGCGCCAGCCGGGCACAGGAGCAGGAGGGGGAGCGGCAAGCGGAGCAACCGCGCGAGGAGGCGAUCAGGGGAGCAUCCCCCGCCAGCAGCGCGCGCCCGCUGCUCUCCGCCAAUUUGGGGCCGCAUGGCGCGGCUUCCAGGGGAACCAAGGCGCGGGCAAGGGCAGUGGAUGUGGAUACGGGGGCAGAGAAUGCGCGGGGUCGUGAGGGAGCCGGCAAGGAAGGGGAGGCGGACAGCCUGCACGGGGCGAAGAACUGGAACGCCAUCGCUGCUGGCAUCCCUGGCCAGCCGGGGAAGAGCUGUAUACUCAGGUGGUGCAACCAGCUGGACCCCGCAUUGAGGCGAGGCCAGUUCACGGUGGAGGAGGAUGCGCGCAUCAUCACAGCACAUGCCAUCCACGGCAACAAGUGGGCGCUCAUCGCCAAGAACCUUCCCGGACGCACGGACAACGCCAUAAAGAACUAUUGGAACUCCGCCAUGCGCCGCAAGUACCCCCUCCUGCGCGGCCUCUCCGCGUCCCCUCCUGGCCCCGCACACUCCGCCUCCCCCGCCCACCCUGCGCCGGGGCAGCCUGGCGGGCAGCAGCAGGGCGAGGGGGAGAGCGCAUACGAGCGAGCAGUGCGGUUUGUGGCGGGCGUGCAGGCGAGGGGCGUGGCGGCGCUGGUGGAGGAGGUGGAGCGCGUGCGGGAGGAGGAGGGCGUGGGGCGCAUCCGCAAGAUCCUGGAAGGUUCCCCUUUGGGGGAUGCGGCGCUGCUGCAGGCCGUGGAGAGGGAGUGGCGCGAGAGGGAGGCGCCGGGGCGAGAGGGGGAGGGUAUGGGUGGAGGCGAAGGGGAGGGCGUGGGAGGGGAAGGAGAGGAAGGGAGGGCGGGGGAUGGGCAAGUUGAUGAGGAGGAGGGGAGGCUGAUUGAUGGGGAGGUGGGGGUAAGCGAGGGAGACGAGAGGGCGGGCGGGAUGGCUGAGGAGAGUGAGGAGUGGGGCGAUGGAGAGCAAACGGUGCAGGGAUCAGGGGAGCGGGAGAAGUUUGGUGGGGUAGGACGGGUUGGUGAUGGGGGGGAAGGGCAAGGAGGCAGGGGGGGGACGGGAGCCAGUGAGGAGGAGUCGGAGGAGGAAGGGGAGGGGAUGGAAUGGGGCAGGGCGGAUGGGCGAGUGAUGGCAGGGGGAGAGGUGGCGAUGGAAGAGGCGGGAAGGAGAGUGGGACGGGGGGCAAAGCAGACGAGUGCAGACGAGGGUGGGAAGAGCAAUGCAAGGCCGCCUGCUGCCAGUGAUGGGUGGAGGGACGAGCGAGAGCGGACACAGGGAGUGGGGACUGGUGAGGGCGAGCGGUGCUGGCGUGGGCGCCAUGAGAGGGAGGCAGUGCAGCAGACAGGGCAUGGGGAGGCGAGGGCAGGCGGUGCAACAGGGGAGUGCAGGACGAGUGAGGCGAGAAGAUUGAAAAGGGGAGUGAAGGCGGAAUUGGAGGAGGGGGUGGAUGGGAUGGAAGAGGAGGGCGGGUUGAGUGUGCCGGAGCCUCACACCUCCACGUCAUGCCAUCUUAAUCCGCGCAUUCCACAGUGUGACGUGCUGCCUCUUCCCAGCCACACCGCCGCCAGCAUCAGCCAUGCGACGAGGACGAGCGGUGGCAGUGACAGCAGGCAUGCUGGGGACAUACCUGUGGGGACCCAUUGUGGGGGUGACUUAGUUCCAUGCGGUGCGGGUGGGGCUAGCAGCAGGAAACGGCGGUACGAUGCCUGCUGUGGUGAUCAAGGGGGUCAUGAUGGCACUCAUGCUCCUGUUGCUACUGCUGAUACUGCUGGCGGUGCUGCCAGUGGUGGUGACACUCCUGCUGCAGCUGCUGCACCUGCCGCUGCUGGUGCUGGUGGGAGCACGAGCCAGCACGGGACCCUCUCCUGCCACGUUGAUCGCCGCCUUCGCUUCCGAGCCUCACCCACUGCUGUGCCUGCACCUGCUGCUGUUUCAACACCGCUGCUGCCUCCCCCCACCCUUCCCACCACCCCUGCUGAUGCCACCUGCCCCCUCCCUCCCUCUCACGCCUCUCAAGGCGCCACUCACCACAGCCACACGCCCUCUGCAUCUCCAUCCUCGCUGCUUAUCACCAGCUCCUCCUGCCCACCCUCGCUUCCUCACCCGCCCUACCCCUCUCUCGCCCCUCCACACCUCUCCUCACGCUUUUCGUUUGCCACUCUCCCUUCCGGCCUCUCUCACUCCUCUCUUCUCCCUGCCACCUACACUCCCUCCCUUCUCCACCCCUCUCAACCACCCAAACCUCUGACACCUCUUCCUGCCCAGCGACUCCCUCUCGACCAAGCCUCAGGUCCAGGUUCGGGUGACAGUGGCCUGGUAGGGGCAGGACGGGGGGCGGAGAAACAUGGUGGUGGUGGCAGGAGGGGCGUUGGUGGAGGGGGCGGGAGCAUGAGGGGAGUGGGUGUGGGGGCGUUUCAGCUGGGGAAGGUGUUUACUGCAGUGCAGGUGACAGGGGGCGAUGAGAGCUUGCACAGGCACCGGGGAUGUGAGGGCGAAGAGGGGCGUGGGGGUGAUGAGGGGUGUGAGAUGGCCGUGAGAGAAGGGGAGACGCGAGGACAAGAGCGGGAAAAGGAAGGGGGUUGCGGAAGGGAUGGGAUGCAGGUGACGGGGGUCAUGGAGGAGGAAAGCAGAGAGCAGCAGGGGAUGGAAAUCUGUAGGUCAGAGCAAGAGAAUGCCCUGUGCUCACACGGAGGACAUAAGUCCAACUCACAGCCCUUGCAGCACAGUCUGCACGCACAUACAUGCCUUGCUGCUGCAGUCCCAGAGCCAAUGCAAGACUGCCACGUGGCAGGGCAGGGGCGAUGUGGGUCGUGUGUGCGGCGGCACGUGCAUCGAGUAGCGGCGUCGGCAUGUGGGGUGGCGCAUCUGCUGCUGGAAGAGCUGCAGCGGCGGCACGGAGUGGAAACACAAGCAGAUAAGGAGGCUGUGGAAGAGUGGCGGCGAGGGGAGUCAGGGAAUGUUAGCCGGGAGUGUGGUGAGGGGUCACAGGCGGGAGCGCCAACGACGGAUGUGGGUUGUUGCAGGGAUGAGCGGUGCUGUGCAUUGAGCAGUGGUGCUGAGGGUGCAGCAGAGGGCAUGGCGUGCCGGCAUCUGCUAGAUGCCAUGCUGACUCGCGGGGAGCGCGUUCGCGGAGCGGGCGGGCCGAUACUGCGCGGUCGCGUGGCGCGUGGCGGGGGCAGCAGCGCGGUUGGCGGCGGCGGCGGGCUUGUGGGCGGCGGUUGCGGCGGCGGCGUUCGUGAUCCGCGGGUGCGCGUCGCUGGUGCCGCCGUCGCUGGGGUCGGCGGUGCUGCCGCUGGUGGGCGCGCUGGUGGGCAUGGGGCGCACCCUCGGCUGGCUCGUGCUCCUGCCCUCCCUCGUACGCACCCCCCCCGCCCACCCCCUCGCCCGCUCCCUCCCCCACCCCCUCCCCCACCCCCUCGCCCGCCCCCUCGCCCGCCCACUCUCCCACCCCCUUCCAUCCACUCCCUCCUUGUGCGUGCACAUCCCCCUGCUCCCUUCACGCCACCCACCCCACCUGCUUUGCCCCCACUUUUCCCCCCUUUUCCUCCCCUGCGCCCCUCCCCCCCGCACCCGCCGCCUCCCAUCCGCUGCGGCGAGCAGGUGGUGCUGGUGCUGCUGUCAUUCUUCCUGCCGCUGCUGCUCACACUCGCGCUGCUGGUGCUGCUCGCGCUCUUCACAGCACUGCGCGCCAAGCUGCUGCUAUUCGCCCUCGCCACCGCCCUCACAGCAGGGAUAGUGGCGGCGAGCGGGUCCCCCCGAGCAGCAUUACUGCUGCUGGUGGCAUCGACGGUGUAUCAUGUGGUGGUGCGCGCGGGACUCACCACGCUGUGCCUCACGCUGCUCGCCUCCUUCCUCGCAUGCGACCUGCUGCUCCUCCUCGCCUCCUCCCUCCAAGACGACCCCCCCCAACCCGACUCAACCCCUCCGAACCAGUCCCAAGCAAGCGCGGCUGCAGGGGAGAAGCCAGGAGGGGUGGGGGGAGCGGCAGGGGAGGGGGGAGUGGGGUUGGCAGGGGGAGGGGGGGCCGGGGGAGAGGCGAGUGGGGGCGGGGAGAUAGAGCGCAUAGUGCGGUGCGACAACCACUACGAGGUGCUUCGCCUGGCGCCCUUCUGUGCGGCUGUGGAUGAGAGCGCCCUCAAGAAGGAGUACCGCCGCAUGGCAAUGCUAGUGCAUCCGGACAAGCACGGGGGGGACGAGAAGAAUGCCAUUGUGGCGUUUCAACGCCUGCAGAGCGCAUACGAGGUGCUAUCAGACGAGGGGAGGCGGCGGGAGUACGAGGGCGAGCUGAGGCGCGAGCAGCUCGUGGAGCUCAUCACACGCAGGGCUGCACACAUGUGGCAGACGAGCGGCACAUCAGCUGGCAGGGCGGCAGCAGGGGGCAUGGGCGGGGCAGCAGGGAAAGGGGGAGGGGGGGUGGGGCAGGCAGGGGGGGCAGCAGCGGGCGAGGAGGAGGAGGGGGGCCGGCCAGUGGCGUGCACGGAGUGUGGGAUGGCGCAUGUGUGGCGCCCCGUCAACCGCCCCUGUAGCCAAGCCCGCUGGUGCCAGGAGUGUCAGAGGCACCACCCAUGCAAGGAGGGGGAUGGCUGGGUGGAGCAACUUCCUCAGCCUGCCUUGUUUGGCAUGCUCUCUGUUCAGAAGGGCCCACAGCACUUUUACACGUGCACGGACGGGCAGGUCUACCACAUCACUGACUGGGCGCGCUGCCAGGUGGGUUGCGGUGCUGCCAGGUGGGUUGCGGUGCUGCCAGGUGGGUUGCGGUGCUGCCAGGUGGGUUGCUCUGCUGGCAGGUGGGUUGCUCUACUGCCAGGUGGGUUGCGGUGCUGCCAGGUGGGUUGCUCUGCUGGCAGGUGGGUUGCUCUACUGCCAGGUGGGUUGCUCUGCUGCCAGUGCCCGCCCAACACGCACAAGCCCUCCUUCCACUUCAAGCUCUCCCCUCACCCGCCCUCGCCGCCUGCAUCCUCCGCCUCGCCCAGGAGCCAGCGCCAGAGGGGCAGAGGGGGCAGGGGCAGCGCCCGGGGCAGGGAAGAGCGCGAGGAGGGGUGGGCAGCAGGCAUGGCAGGGGGCAGCAGCGGCGGCGGAGUGCGUGUGGAGCUUAGUGAGGAAGAGAUGGUGACCCUCCUGGCCCGCCCAGACAAGCGCAGCCACGGGACCCGGCGAGCGCGCGGGGGGUGCAACGAGCUCCCGGCGAGUGCGCGGGGGGUGCAACGACCUCCCGGCGAGCGCGCGGGGGGUUCAACGAGCUCCCGGCGAUCGCGCGGGGGGUGCAACGAGCUCCCGGCGAGCGCGCGGGGGGUGCAACGAGCUCUCGGCGAGCGCGCGGGGGGUGCAACGAGCUCCCGGCGAGCGCGCGGGGGGUGCAACGAGCUCCCGGCGAGCGCGCGGGGGGUGCAACGCUCCCGGCGAGCACGCGGGGGGUGCAACAAGCUCUCGGCGAGCGCGCGGGGGGUGCAACGACCUCCCGGCGAGCGCGCGGGGGGUGCAACGAGCUCCCGACGAGCGCGCGGGGGGUGCAACGACCUCCCGGCGAUCGCGCGGAGGGUGCAACGUCCUCCCGGCGAGCGCGUAGGGGGUGCAACGACCUUCCGGCGAGCGCGCGGGGGGUGCAACGACCUUCCGGCGAGCGCGCGGGGGGUGCAACGACCUCCCGGCGAGCGCACGGGGGUGCAACGACCUCCCGGCGAGCGCGCGGAGGGUGCAACGACAUCCCGGCGAGCACGCGGGGGGUGCAACGACCUCCCGGUGACCGUCGGGGGCUGCAACUACCUCCCAGCGAGCGCGCGGAGGGUGCAACGAGCUCCCGGCGAGCGCGCGGGGGGUGCAACGACCUCCCGGCGAGCGCGCGGGGGGUGCAACGAGCUCCCGGCGAGCGCGCGGGGGGUGCAACGACCUCCCGGCGAGCGCGCGGGGGGUGCAACGACCUCCCGGCGAGCGCGCGGGGCGUGCAACGAGCUCCUGGCGAGCACGCGGGGGGUGCAACGAGCUCCCGGCGAGUGCGCGGGCGGUGCAACGACCUCCCGGCGAGCGCGCGGGGGGUGCAACGUCCUCUCGGCGAGCGCGCGGGAGGUGCAACGUCCUCCCGGCGAGCGCGCGGGGAGUGCAACGAGCUCCUGGCGAGCGCGCGAGGGGUGCAACGUCCUCCCGACGAGCGCGCGGGGGGUGCAACGACCUCCCGGCGAGCGCGCGUGGGGUGCAACGACCUCCCGGCGAGCGCGCGGGGGUUGCAACGACCUCCCGGCGAGCGCGCGGGGGGUGCAACGUCCUCCCGGCGAGCGCGCGGGGGGUGCAACGUCCUCACGGCGAGCGCGCGGGGGGUGCAACGUCCUCCCGGCGAGCGCGCAGGAGGUGCACGUCCUCACGGCGAGCGCGCGGGGGGUGCAACGAGCUCCCGGCGAUCGCGCGGAGGGUGCAACGUCCUCCCGGCGAGCGCGCGGGGGGUGCAACGACCUCCCGGCGAGCGCGCGGGGGGUGCAACGACCUCCCGGCGAGCGCGCGGGGGGUGCAACGAGCUCCCGGCGAGCGCGCGGGGGAUGCAACGAGCUCUCGGCGAGCGCGCGGGGGGUGCAACGUCCUCCCGGCGAGCGCGCAGGAGGUGCACGUCCUCACGGCGAGCGCGCGGGGGGUGCAACGAGCUCCCGGCGAGCGCGCGGGGGGUGCAACGACAUCCCGGCGAGCGCGCUGGGGGGUGCAACGACCUCCCGGCGAGCGCCGGGGGCUGCAACGACCUCCCGGCGAGUGCGCGGGGUGUGCAACGACCUCCCGGCGAGCGCGCGGGGGGUGCAACGACCUCCCGGCGAGCGCGCGGGGGGUGCAACGACCUACCGGCGAGCGCGCGGGGGGUGCAACGAGCUCCCGGCGAGCGCGCGAGGGGUGCAACGACCUCUCGGCGAGCGCGCGGGGGUUGCAACGACCUCCCGGCGAGCGCGCGGGGGGUGCAACGACCUCCCGGCGAGCGCGCGGGGGGUGCGACGUCCUCACGGCGAGCGCGCGGGGGGUGCGACGUCCUCACGGCGAGCGUGCGGGGGGUGCAACGAGCUCUCGGCGAGCGCGCGGGGGUUGCAACGACCUCCCGGCGAGCGCGCGGGAGGUGCAACGUCCUCACGGCGAGCGCGCGGGGGGUGCAACGUCCUACUGGCGAGCGCGCGGGAGGUGCAAAGUGCUCCUGGUGAGCGCGCGGGGGGUGCAACGAGCUCCCGGCGAGCGCGCGGGGGGUGCAACGUCUUCCCGGCGAGCGCGCGGGAGGUGCAACGUCCUCCCGGCGAGCGCGCGGGGGGUGCAACGAGCUCUUGGCGAGCGCGCGAGGGGUGCAACGUCCUCCCGGCGAGCGCGCGGGGGGUGCAACGACCUCCCGGCGAGCGCGCGUGGGGUGCAACGACCUCCCGGCGAGCGCGCGGGGGGUGCAACGACCUCCCGGCGAGCGCGCGGGGGGUGCAACGUCCUCACGGCGAGCGCGUGGGGGGUGCAACGAGCUCCCGGCGAGCGCGCGGGGGGUGCAACGUCCUCCCGGCGAGCGCGCGGGGGGUGCAGCGUCCUCCCGGCGAGCGCGCAGGAGGUGCAGCGUCCUCACGGCGAGCGCGCGGGGGGUGCAACGUCCUCCCAGCGAGCGCGCGGGAGGUGCAACGUCCUCCCAGCGAGCGCGCGGGAGGUGCAACGUCCUCCCGGCGAGCACGCGCGGGGUGCAACGAGCUCCUGGCGAGCGCGCGGGGGGUGCAACGUCCUCCCGGCGAGCGCGCGGGGAUUGCAACGAGCUCCCGGCGAGCGCGCAGGGGGUGCAUCGAGCUCCCGGCGAGCGCGCGGGGGGUGCAACGUCCUCCCGGCGAGCGCGCGGGGGGUGCAACGAGCUCCCGGCGAGCGCGCGGGGGGUGCAACGAGCUCCCGGCGAGCGCGCGGGGGGUGCAACGUCCUCCCGGCGAGCGCGCGGGGGGUGCAACGUCCUCCCGGCGAGCGCGCGGGAGGUGCAACGACCUCCCGGCGAGCGCACGGGGGGCCGCGAUGGGGACUGCGACGGGGCGAACGGGUCCCGCCAUUGCGCAGAUCGUCGCCGGGGUGCAACGACCUCCCGGCGAGCACGCGGGGGGUGCAACGUCCUCCCGGCGAGCGCACGGGGGGUGCAACGAGCUCACGGCGAGCGCGCGGGGGGUGCAACGUCCUCCCGGCGAGCGCGCAGGGGUUGCAACGACCUCCCGGCGAGCGCGCGGGGGGUGCAACGUCCUCCCGGCGGGCGCGCGGGAGGUGCAACGUCCUCACGGCGAGCGCGCGGGGGGUGCAACGAGCUCCCGGCGAGCGCGCGGGGGGUGCAACGAGCUCCCGGCGAGCGCGCGGGGGGUGCAACGUCCUCCCGGCGAGCGCGCGGGGGGUGCACGAGCUCUCGGCGAGCGCGCGGGGGGUGCAACGAGCUCCCGGCGAGCGCGCGGGGGGGGCAACGACCUCCCGGCGAGCGCGCGGGGGGUGCAACGUCCUCCCGGCGGGCGCGCGGGAGGUGCAACGUCCUCACGGCGAGCGCGCGGAGGGUGCAACGACCUCCUGGCGAGCGCGCGGGGGGUGCAACGAGCUCCCGGCGAGCGCGCGGGGGGUGCAACGAGCUCCCGGCGAGCGCGCGGGGGGUGCAACGACCUCCCGGCGAGCGCGCGGGGGGUGCAACGUCCUCCCGGCGGGCGCGCGGGAGGUGCAACGUCCUCACGGCGAGCGAGCGGGGGGUGCAACGUCCUCCCGGCGAGCGCGCGGGAGGUGCAACGUGCUCCCGGCAAGCGCGCGGGGGGUGCAACGAGCUCCCGACGAGCGCGCGGGGGGUGCAACGUCCUCCCGGCGAGCGCACGGGAGGUGCAACGUCCUCCCGGCGAGCGCGCGGGGGGUGCAACGAGCUCCCGGCGAGCGCGCGGGGGGUGCAACGACCUCCCGGCGAGCGCGCGGGGGGUGCAACGUCCUCCCGGCGAGCGCGCGGGGGAUGCAACGACCUCCCGGGGAGCGCGCGGGGGAUGCAACGACCUCCCGGCGAGCGCGCAGGGGGUGCAACGACCUCCCGGCGAGCGCGCGGGGGGUGCAACGACCUCCCGGCGAGCGCGCGGGGGGUGCAACGACCUCCCGGCGAGCGCGCGGGGGGUGCAACGACCUCCCGGCGAGCACGCGGGGGGUGCAACGUCCUCCCGGCGAGCGCUCGGGGGGUGCAACGAGCUCACGGCGAGCGCGCGGGGGGUGCAACGUCCUCCCGGCGAGCGCGCGGGGGGUGCAACGAGCUCCCGGCGAGCGCGCGGGGGGUGCAACGUCCUCCCGGCGGGCGCGCGGGAGGUGCAACCGCGCGGGGGGUGCAACGAGCUCCCGGCGAGCGCGCGGGGGGUGCAACGAGCUCCCGGCGAGCGCGCGGGGGGUGCAACGUCCUCCCGGCGAGCGCGCGGGGGGUGCACGAGCUCCCGGCGAGCGCGCGGGGGGUGCAACGAGCUCCCGGCGAGCGCGCGGGGGGUGCAACGACCUCCCGGCGAGCGCGCGGGGGGUGCAACGAGCUCCCUGCGAGCGCGCGGGGGGUGCAACGACCUCCCGGCGAGCGUGCGGGGGGGUGCAACGUCCUCCCGGCGGGCGCGCGGGGGGUGCAACGUCCUCACGGCGAGCGCGCGGGGGGUGCAACGUCCUCCCGGCGAGCGCGCGGGAGGUGCAACGUCCUCCCAGCAAGCGCGCGGGGGGUGCAACGAGCUCCCGGCGAGCGCGCGGGGGGUGCAACGUCCUCCCGGCGAGCGCACGGGAGGUGCAACGUCCUCCCGGCGAGCGCGCGGGGGGUGCAACGAGCUCCCGGCGAGCGCGCGAGGGGUGCAACGACCUCCCGGCGAGCGCGCGGGGGGUGCAACGUCCUCCCGGCGAGCGCGCGGGGGGUGCAACGAGCUCCCGGCGAGCGCGCGGGGGGUGCAACGACCUCCCGGCGAGCGCGCGGGGGGUGCAACGACCUCCCGGCGAGCGCGCGGGGGGUGCAACGACCUCCCGGCGAGCGCGCGGGGGGUGCAACGACCUCCCGGCGCGCACGCGGGGGGUGCAACGUCCUCCCGGCGAGCGCUCGGGGGGUGCAACGAGCUCACGGCGAGCGCGCGGGGGGUGCAACGUCCUCCCGGCGAGCGCGCGGGGGUUGCAACGACCUCCCGGCGAGCGCGCGGGGGGUGCAACGUCCUCCCGGCGGGCGCGCGGGAGGUGCAACGUCCUCACGGCGAGCGCGCGGGGGGUGCAACGAGCUCCCGACGAGCGCGCGGGGGGUGCAACGUGCUCCCGGCGAGCGCGCGGGAGGUGCAACGUGCUCCCGGCGAGCGCGCGGGGGGUGCAACGACCUCCCGGCGAGCGCGCGGGGGGUGCAACGUCCUCCCGGCGAGCGCGCGGGGGGUGCAACGACCUCCCGGCGAGCGCGCGGGGGGUGCAACGUCCUCCCGGCGGGCGCGCGGGGGGUGCAACGUCCUCACGGCGAGCGCGCGGGAGGUGCAACGUCCUCCCGGCGAGCGCGCGGGGGGUGCAACGACCUCCCGGCGAGCGCGCGGGGGGUGCAACGACCUCCGGGCGAGCGCGCGGGGGGUGCAAGGAGCUCCCGGCGAGCGCGCGGGGGGUGCAACGACCUCCCGGCGAGCGCGCGGGGGGUGCAACGUCCUCCCAGCGGGCGCGCAGGAGGUGCAACGUCCUCACGGCGAGCGCGCGGGGGGUGCAACGAGCUCCCGGCGAGCGCGCGGGGGGUGCAACGACCUCCCGGCGAGCGCUCGGGGGGUGCAACGUCCUCCCGGCGAGCGCGCGGGGGAUGCAACGAGCUCCCGGCGAGCGCGCGGGGGGUGCAACGACCUCCCGGCGAGCGCGCGGGGGGCGCAACGUCCUCCCGGCGAGCGCGCGGGGGGUGCAACGUCCUCCCGGCGAGCGCGCGGGGGGUGCAACGUCCUCCCCGCGAGCGCGCGGGGUGUGCAACGACCUCCCGGCGAGCGCGCGGGGGGUGCAACGUCCUCCCGGCGAGCGCGCGGGGGGUGCAACGACCUCCCGGCGAGCGCGCGGGGGGUGCAACGAGCUCCCGGCGAGUGUGAGGGGGAUGCAACGACCUCCCGGCGAGCGCGCGGGGGGUGCAACGUCCUCCCGGCGGGCGCGCGGGAGGUGCAACGUCCUCACGGCGAGCUCGCGGGGGGUGCAACGUCCUCCCGGCGAGCGCGCGGGGGGUGCAACGUCCUCCCGGCGAGCGCGCGGGAGGUGCAACGUGCUCCCGGCAAGCGCGGGGGGGGUGCAACGAGCUCCCGGCGAGCGCGCGGGGGGUGCAACGUGCUCCCGGCGAGCGCGCGGGGGGUGCAACGUGCUCCCGGCGAGCGCGCGGGGGGUGCAACGUGCUCCCGGCGAGCGCGCGGGGGGUGCAACGUGCUCCCGGCGAGCGCGCGGGGGGUGCAACGAGCUCCCGGCGAGCGCGCGGGGGGUGCAACGAGCUCCCGGCGAGCGCGCGGGGGGGUGCAACGAGCUCCCGGCGAGCGCGCGGGGGGUGCAACGAGCUCCCGGCGAGCGCGCGGGGGGUGCAACGACCUCCCGGCGAGCGCGCGGGGGGUGCAACGAGCUCCCGGCGAGCGCGCGGGGGGUGCAACGACCUCCCGGGGAGCGCGCGGGGGGUGCAACGACCUCCCAGCGAGCGCGCGGGGGGUGCAACGACCUCCCGGGGAGCGCGCGGGGGGUGCAACGACCUCCCGGCGAGCGCUCGGGGGGAGCAACGACCUCCCGGCGAGCGCGCGGGGGGUGCAACGUCCUUCCGGCGAGCGCUCGGGGGGAGCAACGAGCUCCCGGUGA